AUGAGCAAGCGCACAACGAAAGCGCACGCCAGUAGCGCUCGGGCUGCCUCGACCUUUGCAUCUUCCACCUUUGGAUCUGUUCCAGCAUUUGGCGCCAGCUCCUCAGCGCUCUCGUAUGUGUCGGAGCCCCCAGACCUCUCCGCCGUCUCCGACCCCAAUGUCGUAGUCUACUUUAGAAACUUGUCAAAGAAGGACAGUACAACCAAGGCAAAGGCCUUGGAGGACAUACAGGCAUAUGUUGCGUCGCUGCAAGAGCCUGUAGAGGAAGGCGUAUUGGAAGCAUGGAUCAAAACAUAUCCCCGCACCUCAAUAGACAAUGCAAAAGCUGUCCGCCAAAAUGCUCACCUCGUGCACGGACAAAUGGCACUCUCCGCAGGCAAGCGAAUAGCAAAGCACAUGCCCAAGAGCGUUGCCGCAUGGCUCAGCGGCCUCUACGACAGUGAUCGAUCCGUGGUUGAAGCCACCCAGACUUCCAUACGCCAAGUCUUCAACACACCUGAGAAGAUCCAAAACAUUCGCAAGGCAUACCAGCAACCAAUAUUGGAAUACUGCAAAGACGCAAUCGACAAGGAGAGCACCACAACCCUAAGCGAUGAGCGGACAGUUAGCAAAGACGACGCCGAGACCAAAUACAGUAGGGUCAUAUCUGCGUGUAUAGCGCUGUUGGGGAGUCUCUUGGCCAAUCUGCAACCAGAAGAGCUCUCCAAGUACCAGGCCGACUACGACAGUCUGCUUGGCGACAAGAAGCUCUGGGAAUUUGUGUCGCAUGAUGACGCCUCAAUACGGCGCUCAUUACAUCGCUUUCUCAAAACCUGUCUCGCCAAACAAUCCGCUGCCAUUGAAGCCAAUCUGGACGCGAUCAGCAAAUCUUACCUCUCCGUUGGUCUGAACUCUGAUCAAAUGAGCUCAAUCUAUGACUACAUCGAGGCUCUGACGCUGUUAACGUCUACACAUCCUUCCGUCUGGACUAAUCACUAUAAAAGCAAGACUUCCGUCGACAGACGCCUACGGCAGUUUCUAAAGAAGGGGUCUCAGCUUGGGCCCAGGGAAUUCUGGGUACUUUUGAAACAGCUUUUGGCCGUCCUACCAACAGAAGUCUUACCAAGCAAUGCUGCUGAUGCCGCUGAGCUGCUCAGCUCACUUCAAGCUGGUAUCGUACGACGGGACGAGUCCAAAUAUAACCACGACGCAGCAUUCGACACAUCCAUAGAAGCUGUUAUGCUUAUCAGUCAGCGUUUGCCGGAAAGUGAUAUACGCAAACUUCUCGAAGAAAGGGUGGUGCCGCUCAUGAAUCAUUACUUAUGUCCAUCAGCCGAAACUUCGCAAUGGAGCAUACCCGCCCAUACCGCCACUAAACUACUCCCGAAGGUCUUGCGAAUACCUGGUAUGAUCACGAUACUCACCGACCGCUGGCCACAAUUCGCACAGCAACUCAUCGACGACAUCAGGACAUCUGCUCCGGAACAAUCAAAGGACUACGACAAGUCACAGAAUGCCGUUGUACAGCAUGCUAAUCGGUUUGCUGCUCUACAGGAACACGUCUUGAAGUUGGAUCUUCCUGAGACUUUGCAGGGUAUUGUUGUGGAAAGAUAUUCUGCUAUAAUUUUAGAGGCCCUCAAUGUUCUUCAGAAUCGAAACGGUAAGCCCUACGGGGCCGCUGGCACGAUUGCAGCUCUUUUACGAAGCAACCGCGAACUGAUUUCAUCCGGUCAGACAGAGCAAGAGCUAGAGAAUUUCGUGCAAGCAAAUAUUGCAACUUUGAUACUCUCACCAUCGGGGGCUUAUGUCGUUGAUAUUCUUUACUCCUUGACUGAGUCCGUGGUGUUUGAGUCAGCAUGGAGUGCUGCACUCAAGGCUGUAUUGCAAGAAGGCGACUCCCCUACCAGGACCAAAGCUCUUGAAGCACUUCUGACAUCCUCAAGAAUCCCAACCAAUCUUGAUAUGGCAGCAGCUGAUAAUGAGCUUCAGAGCUAUGUCAAGUCUAGCGUGCGCAAUGCUGUCGAGGGCUCAGCCGAGUGGGACUCUUUCAACAGCAUGCUCCAAUCACAGGCCAAAAUUCUUUCUCCAGAAACUACCGAAGAUGUUCUUGCUUAUUUGACACAAUCUUUAUCAAUAGCUCAGCAUGCGCCGUUUUCCCUACAAGGCCUUCGCCAAAUCGUCAAAUCGAACCCUUCCUUACUAAGGGAAUUCCUGGGUCGACCACAGGGCUCAGCUCUAUUACAGGGCUUGCUUCGAGCUUCUGAGUCUCCUAGUGAUGAAAUUUCGCAGGGUGCUACUGCAAUCAAUGCGUCGAUACAAACCAUUCUGGCAGCUGGAUCGGACAGCAAGCAAUCGAUAUAUGAUUUAAUCCACAGAGGCCUGAGCGAGGCAAGCCAGACAUCAGUCUCAAUAGAGACACUUGUAUCUCUCGCGAAGCAAUCUGCAAUGCGGGGAAGCCAAUGGGACGACAUGUCAAAAUUCUUCCCGACUCUAGACGACUGGAGUUCGGCUCUCAAGCCCUUCCUCUGUGUCAUACCCAAGUCAUCUCUAGCCAUCACAAGCCCGCUUGGCGGCGCGGUGUAUCUUGUGGAAUCAGGGACUCCCACAUCCGAAAUCAAAACGAUAUCACGAGAUGCCGACGGCUAUACUCCCGCGUAUCGCAUAGCACAAUAUGUCAUCAGCUUGCUCACGCAACCAGAUUAUUUUCCCAUUGGAACCGUUCCUGAGAAGAUACGGGCGGCGUACAUUCACAAUAUCGCUACCACCGUACAGCUUGCAGAUGACAAUCUUGGGCUUGCAGGCGCCAAUGGUCUCUGGGCAGAGUACAACCGAGAUGUAGAGGCAGAUGCGAUCGCUUUCGUGUCUCGCGCAAAGGAGCUCGUGACACAGCAGCUCAAGGAACUGGCUGUUACCUGGGACGAAGGCGACUCGGAGUCCACUUUGCUGUUCUGGGCUAUUAAGCUUUUGUCUAGAGAUAAGCCGGAUACGCCAGCUGAAGCCUACUAUGAUGCCCGAGUAUACAGCCAUCUUGUCUCCACUGCCAUCGAGGUCGCGGGCUGGAAAGCUGCGCUGACACCUCAACUAAAGGAUAUUCUAGGUAGCAUCCGGAAGACAAAGGCAGUCUUCUCACUGCUCGGCUUCCUGAAUGCCUUCAAAGAGCCGCUGGCAGCUUCCAAAGCUUGUGAAAGGAUGUGCAGCGAAAUCAUAGCUGAUCUGACAGGCUUGGACAUAACGACCAGAUCUGAAGAAGGUCUCCGCCAGCUGAUCCUCUUGAACACAGUACUUGAGCAGGAAGGUAUCACGGCGACCAUUGCAAAGCAACGACUCGUUUUCUUCGUGAAGCACGUCAUCCCGUGGCUACAGACCGACAUGGUCGCGAGACCUGUGAAAGCCGAGCUGUGUCGUACGCUUGGUGUGCUUAUUCCUUUCAUGAGUGAUAUGUAUGGUGAUCACUGGGCCGAUAUUUUGAAGUCCCUCGCUUCCGCUUGGGCUGCGACGCAGAACUUUGAAGAGCAUGAAACGUGGAUGGAUAGCCCAAUACCAUUCGUUUAUGCAUCAUUAAAGCUGUAUGCUCAGAUGAGGAAGUUGACGCAAGCUGAGGGGCCUAACGACGACCUCCUUGAGGCCUGGGCAGAAUCAGAGCAGCCCAUCGCCAACGGACUCAUCAACCUUCUCAAACGUUCACAGCACUUCCCAGAUGAGUUCCAUCAGCCUUUGAAGAUGGUUAAUGAUGUGCUAGCACGACAGAUUGCGCACGUGUCGUUAGACCACUUGGAAGCUACCGAGGAACUCUAUCCUCUCUUAUACGUGGAGUCGCAACCUGUGCAACAAGCCGCCUUCAACAUCCUGCACAAGCAGAUCCCAGCUGCUCAAGAGCAAAUUUCUAUUGAUGCAGCCCUUGAGAAGACCACAGCUCGACUACCAGAAGAGCUGUUGUCGCUCAUAAUGGAAGCACCAACUGUUGCAGCGUUGGCUGAAGCAGACUUUGAGCGAAGCGUACCUCUACCACUACGAGGGUACCUGCUCAGCUGGCUCCUGGUAUUUGACCAUCUCGAGCAUGCCUCCUUCAAAGUGAAGAAUGACUAUGUUGAACACAUCAAGGAAGGUGAAUACCUCCCGGGCUUACUGGACUUUACGUUCGACUUCCUGGGCCACGCCCACAACAAGCCUGUAGACGUCUCCAAGCUCGAUAUCACAACCUAUGAGCCGGAAAUUGAGCCACCCAAGAAGGACCUACAAUGGCUACUCACUCACCUCUACUUCCUCUGUCUCCGACAUGUCCCCUCCCUCACCAAAUCCUGGUUCAUAAGCUGCAAAUCCCGCGCCACAGUCGUCACUCUUGAACCCUGGACCGAGAAAUUCAUCUCACCCCCCGUCAUUACCGCAGCCCUUGACUCCGUAUCCAACUGGUCUGACUCCCAAGCCAGCGCCGAGCCCGACUCCCCGUUCUCCAUCCGCGUCGCUCCCCGCGCCCGCGAAAUCACCGCGUCCUAUCUCGUUGACGACCAAACCAUGUCGAUGCGCAUAUCGCUUCCGCCGGCCUUCCCCCUGGCGUCCGCAAAUGUCGAAUCGCUCAAUCGUGUUGCAGUCAAUGAAACAAAGUGGCAGUCUUGGCUGCGCACUUCGUUGGGUGCGAUUACCAUUUUCAACGGCAGUUUAAUCGAUGCGCUCACGACGUUUAAGAGGAAUGUAGACGGUGCGAUGAAGGGGCAGAGCGAGUGUGCAAUUUGUUAUAGUAUUGUGGGGAGCGACAGGAAGUUGCCAGAUAAAAGAUGUCAGACGUGCAAGAAUUUGUUCCAUGGGAGCUGCUUGUUCAAGUGGUUCAAGAGUAGUGGGGGGAGUGGGUGUCCGCUUUGUAGGAAUCCGUUUAACUAUGGGUAA